AAAAGGACCUCAAUAAAGCAGGUCAAAAGUUCUAUUAAUAGAAGCUUAGUAUCAAACAGCUUUUUCUUAGAAAAGUAUAUUGCCUCUUUACUUUUCCGGCAAAUUGGGUAAAGCCGUACCCUGGAUUAGAUUGUUUACAAGUCUGUAGCUAUGUUAACUAGGCUAUUUGCAAGGACCAGUUGAUGAAAUAUUUUAACAGAAGUUUCAAACUAUUCAAUCGUUAAAAUGGAUUAAACUCAACAACCAUAAGUAAAUUUUGACUGGAUAAAAAUGGCCAACAGAAGAAGAGUAAUGGAGAAAGCCUUGCAACUGAUGAUUCAGAAAUAUGGACCAGAUGAAGCUAGUUUAGCAAGACAAACUAAUCUAUUGUACAUUCCACACAAUGUUUUAUCUUAUUUGGCAGACAUCAGCGAUCCCGAAGAUCUAACGGGCGGAAGAGAUUUCCAUGUAGUAGGGGAAGGCUUUGGAUUAACAGCAAUUCAGAUCAAUGCUAUACGUGAUAGAAAACGUGAAUCAAGUACUACUAUGGCAAUAUUUGAAACUGGCAGUAAAAAUGGUAAAACAUUUAUGGAUAUUUUGAGUAUAUGGGUAGAACAUACAAUAGAUGGAAUAAACAGAAUUGUCGAAUCCUGGCCAGAGACACUACAAACAAAGACACGAUCUGAAUCUCAAAAUUGUAGCGCAAGAGCCAGCUUCCUGACACCAGUACAAACAUCAUGGAACUGUGCUUCAACACGGCAAUCAAGUCAAAGAUCCAGAAGAAAUAAUCUACCUGCUGAGCAUCAUAGUUAUCUCCACCGACAACCAGGUAACUUGAUUGAUGAAGACAAUGAAUCCGUCGUCAGUCAAUCAACUAAUGUAUCCAAUGAAAAUAACCUAACCGUAUGUAUAGCACCACAGCGUCCAUUUACUCAGUACAGGCCAAACAUUGAAAGUCGUGAUUGUUCUAACCGAGUUCCUCCACCACCAAGGCAAAGAAUUUGCGAACCUGGCAGUAAUGCAACAGAAGGCGGAAAUAUUCCAACUUUUAUUCAACAAAAUAUAUCGUUGGGUGAUGAUGAUCCAAGAUCUUUGCAAAGUGAAAUUACAGAUAGCCCAGAAAACACUUUUGAGGACCAUCAUUUAUUUAGUGCUGGUCCGAGUUGCAGAUUCAUGGAAGAUCCGGUGUCUAGAUAUGAAUCCGUUACACCUGAUUCUAGACCAACAUUUGAUCAACAAGUCCAUAAUUCAACAUCUUCAUCACCACGUCGCCUUGAACAUCACAUAGUUGCUCAACAUGUCCAUAAUUCAACAUCUUCAUCACCACAUCGCCUUGAAUGUCAGAUAGUUGAUCAACCACUUCAAGAUGGUGCUCAUUGUAUGCAGAAUGUUGGAAAUGAAUCAGAAAUGCCCUUAAAUAACAGAAGCUUAAAUCAGGAAAAGACCUUAGAUAUUAUAUCUAGAAAUCAAUAUACCGGUGAAUGGUGUCAAAAUAACCCGUUGACACUUGAAGAACAACAGCAACAAAAUGGCAUGCAUCCUUAUGAACCAUCAACAGUUGCUCCAACAGAACCAGAAGACCAAGUAAAUGAAGUUCAAGUUUUUAUAUGUGGUGAUGAUAAUGAGAAGAAUAGGACCAUUGUUGAUAAACUGGCGGCAAACUUUUUUCAUAAAAGAGUUUCCUUUGUUACUGAUGAAGCAAUGGGAGUGAAAGGUUUCCCUCCUUUUAGCCCGGAAGAGAGGCAAAAAAUAACUGGAGAUUCAGAAAAGUUUAUUAAAGAAGUUUUCAAAAGUGCAAAAUUUGUCCUUUUAUUGAAGUCCAAGAGAUUUAUGGAAUAUAUUUCGGUUCGCUCUAGAUCUGAGAAUGCUUCUAAUCGUAAACAUCAAGAACGGCUUUGUGACAUAUUCUUAAUGAUUGAUGAAGAAGUGAAAGGAAGAAACGGAAGAGAAGGCAGAUUGCUCCUGCUAGAAACAGAUAAGGAAUUACCUCCCAGAUUCUUUUCAAAACUUUAUGACUGUUUCUUUAAAAGGAACGAGGCCUAAAAAGUAAUGACAUAUCGAAGUAAGCUGAAUGGUAUACCACAAUCACUUUAGAUCAUAAGGUCUGUCAUUGAAUCAAGUAGUGUGGUUUGAAUCUCACACUGAAACAAGAACUCAAAUUAUACCAUAUGUUAGUCCCAAAAUGAGUUAGUUUGUGAUGUACAGUAGAAUCUGUAUGAGCAGCCACUCCUAUUCAGCAACAUCUCCUUGUAAGCGGUCACGAUAAAUCCCCCCCCCUCCCCCCCGUAAAAAUUCUGUUGUUUCAUCUCUUUAUUCAACGGUCACUCCUCAAACGAAGCCAGCGGUCACUAUUUUACUAAUAAAUUCAACAAAACAUCACCCAUUCAAUGGCCAUUGUUGAAUGAGUAGUAGUUAAUUAACUGGACCCCCACUGAUCAGGUAAAAAGAACUGUAAAAAUAACAAUCAACCCGGGAUUAUCUGUUAAUUAAUCCUUUGUUUUAUUAAACGACUAACCUGAUCAUUGUUUUCAAACAUAACGACACAUUAUUUGAUACAGAUUGAAUAAAAUAAAAGUACCGAGUUUUGUCACAAUCAUCUAGUAUCUCUUUUUCAUUGCCACUGUGUUGUUAAACAGACGUUUUAGCGCCUUCUAUAAUAUUACAUACAGAGUUACACCCCCUGUAAAUAAGUGGUAAAAUCAGCGAUGCUUUUUUGUUCGUGUGCUUUUUUGAUAAAAUACAAUUAAUUCAUCGAUUUUCUUCACAAAAAUGGAUAAAUAUUAUCGAAUGCAUCACAAUGGUAGACAGUAGUAUCGAAGUUUGGUACAAAAUGACAAGUUUACAGAAGUUAUGCCCGAUAUUUGAGUAAAGAGUUUUCUUUCGGCCCAAGAUUCAGCGACGGUCAAAUUUACCGAUGCAAGUAUUGAUGUUCGCUUCCAAUGCACCCAUGCGUAAAAGCACCAAGAUUUUAUUAAGAGGCCACUCCCCUCAAGCGGUCAGUUGUGAAAAUUCCCUUGGGGGGCUGCUUAAUGCAGAUUCUACUGUAUCAAACCUCCCUCUCUCUCUCUCUCUCUCUCUCUCUCUCUCUCCUUUACCUACUAGGAGCGCCCAUUAUUCAUGAAGUUUUAUUUCAGGUAUUUUUAUCCAGCCUAGCGGCCCAUUGGACAUUAGAUUGAAUUGCCUGUAUGGCCAGUCCACCCUAUCCCUAUAUGCAACUUAUCUGAGUGAUUUGCAUAUUUUAAGGCUAUCUAAAGAACUCUGAUCAGAAUGGAACAUUAAUCUAAUCGAAUAAUGGCAACAUACUUUCAAGUUUUGUAUUUUUGUAUUUUUCCACUGCUAUUUUUUUUAUUUUUGUUAUAUGAAUUGAUGUGCAAUUUAUAUGAAUUGAGGUGCCCAUUACUUGUUAUAUAAGUUGAGGUGCCUUUUACUUGUUAUAUAAGUUGAGGUGCCUUUUACUUGUUGUAUGAAUUGAGGUGCCUUUUACUUGUUAUAUAAGUUGAGGUGCCUUUUACUUGUUAUAUAAGUUGAGGUACCUUUUACUUGUUAUAUCAGUUGAGGUACCUUUUACUUGUUAUAUCAGUUGAGGUACCUUUUACUUGUUAUAUGAGUUGAGGUACCUUUUACUUGUUAUAUGAAUUGAGGUGCCUUUUACUUGUUAUAUCAGUUGAGGUGCCUUUUACUUGUUAUAUAAGUUGAGGUGCCUUUUACUUGUUAUAUCAGUUGAGGUACCUUUUACUUGUUAUAUGAAUUGAGGUACCUUUUACUUGUUAUAUGAAUUGAGGUGCCUUUUACUUGUUAUAUAAGUUGAUGUGCCUUUUACUUGUUAUAUAAGUUGAGGUGCCUUUUACUUGUUAUAUAAGUUGAGGUACCUUUUACUUGUUAUAUGAGUUGAGGUGCCUUUUACUUGUUAUAUGAAUUGAGGUGCCUUUUACUUGUUAUAUCAGUUGAGGUGCCUUUUACUUGUUAUAUCAGUUGAGGUGCCUUUUACUUGUUAUAUGAAUUGAGGUGCCUUUUACUUGUUAUAUGAGUUGAGGUGCCUUUUACUGUUUUUGUAUAUGCUAAGAUUACUAUUGCAAGCCUGGAAGGGGGAUUGGAGGGGGUCUUGUCGCUGAACGUGACAUAGUGUAGGCACCUAUCCGGCAUAUAUUUAUAUUUUAUCAGGCUUUGUCAGGCACAAUCUCUCUCAUUUCUGUUGUUGUGUGUGAUACAGAGGCACAAUCUCUCUCAUUUCUGUUGUUGUGUGUGAUACAGAGGCACAAUCUCUCUCAUUUCUGUUGUUGUGUGUGAUACAGAUUUAUAUAUUCUCCCUGUUUUUAAGGAUGUUUAUAAUACAAGUUUGACACAAAUAUUAAGGCCACGUGCAGAUUUUGUCAAGGUCACAAGAACUAAACAAGGCUAAUGCUAACCCUAACCCGUACCCUAACCCGUAAUCUCGUCAACAAUCACAUGUCCUAACCCUAUUUACAGGUGGCCUUAAUAUUUUGAUCUGACCCUAUUUCAUUAGUGUCAGACAUUUUUUCAUGUACAACUAGAAUUAUUACAUCCAAACUUGCUUGUGUAAUUGUAUAUAUUGCUAAUUUUGUAUAUAAUCCAGAUAUCUGACAUGAAAUGAAAUGGGGUUUAACGUCCUUCUGUCAUGCUCCUAAACUGGGCUAUGAGGGACAUUUUGUUCUGGACAGCGACACUAUUGCCUACUUUUAUAUCAAAUUCCAAAUGCCAAGGGAUCUUUUACGUGCACACCAAUGUAUACACACGGGACCUCGGUUUUUCGUCCCAUCCGAACGACUAGAUAAUCUAGAUAUCUACUUGUUGUAUAUAUAAUAAACCUGACUUCAUGGGUAUUAAAUCGGUUGCACGAUUUACCCGAAUCUACCCAAAUCCACCCAAAUCCACUAUUAUUUCACUCCUAUCACAAUAAAUUAUAUUGAUUUUUGAUAAUUUAGUGUUCUUUAUGCCAAACAUUUUCAAUUUAAAGUCGUAGCGUGUUUUGUAUCCCAAUGUAAGUUUAAAAAAUGGAAGUUAUGUCCCUUCCAUACGAAGACCAAACACGUAUGAAUUGUCAUAUUUGGACACAAGAAGACUGAUUUUAAACACUGUAACCUGGGUAUCAUUUAAUCUUAUGUAUCUAGCAAUAAUUUCUUAAAACAUUCAUUCAAUAUCACAACUUUGUUUGAAAAUUCGUAAAAAUCAUUUAAAAUCAUCUAAUUUACAAGUGUUUAAUUUCUCGAUCACUGUUCAAUAAUAAACAACCCAAUUGAUUAUUGAUGCAUAGUGAUUAAAUUUUAAACAGGGGCCAGGAAAUUGGAAUAAAAUUGAAUGAAUAUUAAAGAAAUAUAUGUUACAUACACAAGAUUAAAUGAUACCUGUGUCACAGUGAAAGUACAUAUAUAUGACAUAUUUAGCUAAAGGAAUAGUGGUAUAUUAUAAACGAUGUAAAUGAUUGUGAUGUAUACGGUAUGUUGAAUUAAUUGUGGAUUUAGGUAGAUUUAUAUAUUACGCCUUCCAAAAUUCAUGGAAAAUCACGUUUUGAGGGACAUUUUGAGGGGCAUUUUGACACAAACACCCAAAGAUUUUAAAUUAAAAAUGCUGUUUCAAAAUUUUGCUCAUCGAACAUAUUUGGUUAGGGUUAACAGAGGCCAGACUGAAGUCAUCAGAAGUCGCUGUCUGUCUCAGGAAACAAGGUCAAUAAGUUUCCAGUCCCUUUAAUGAACUUUAAAUAUGAAUAUUUCAUACGUUAGGUGGGAUAUCAUGUUCAGAAUGAUAUUUGAAUAGCGUGGGUUAAUCCGUAAAAAUAUAAAUAUAUUUUGUCCGAAAAAUGCAAAUGAUGAUCUGUACCUUUAAUUCGAGUUUAGAAAAAAAAAAAAAAAGAUUGGUGACCCUGAAUAAUUUGUGGCGUUGAAGAAACUUGAAAUACAGGUUUAUCUCCAAAAAAGAUCUCAAUUCCUUUCGAUAUUGGCAUGUAUCAGAUGGAAACUUCAUGGAUUAUGGCCCCUGAUUGUAGAGGUCACAAUUUUUAUCCAAUUUAGAUGUAACUUGAAAUGUUGGUUUAUAACCCAAAGAUCUCCAUUCCGUUCAAUAUUUGCGCAUAUCAGAUGAAAUUUCCUUGAUUAUGGCCCCCUGAUUGUAUAAAAAAUCACAUUUAUUUAGCUCGUUCUCUUUCUGUCUCUUGCAAGAUGUUGCCGUAUCUUGCAUGGCAACUGCUUAUUUGUUAUGGUAUGGAUUUUUUUAGGAUAUUUGUUAUGGUUGGGAGAAAAAUAGAUCAAAAUAAAAUAGAUUCUGUUAUGAUUUUACAAUUGUUAUUAAUAUUUGUUAUUCAAUAAAAUAAUUAUUUUUUAUAAAAUUCAAAGAUACAUUCCUUAGAGUAUAAUUAGGUCAAUUAUUUGACCUUCAAAAGUUAUUUUUAAAGAUGCAUUAUGUAAGAGCUAAAUCUGGCUAUUGUAGUUGGCUUUAAAGUUACAAUUUCAUAUUUUCUAAGAAAGUCAAAACAUAAUUAUUUGUAUGUCUUUUGCUCAGUAGGUUGUCAACUCACUAUUAUACGAUCAUAGGUUAUCUUUCUCACACUUAAAAAUCUUCACACCCGAAAUAAUAACACAAUUACCUCCCUUGUUUUCAUAUUUCCCACCAUGGAAUAGCUAUCUUCAAACAUUUGAAGUUGAAAAUGAUAUUUUUGCCAAUUUCUUAACUGGCAAUAGUGAAUUAUAGGAUUAAUAGGAUUAUUCUUUAUCAAGGUAGGACUGUUUAUAGAUACCAUCGAUUUGAAGGCUUUAUUUUAAUACAUUUUAAAAAUAUAACUUAAAAAUAUGAAAUUGUAACUUUAAAUCCUAUAUAAAUUAUUAUUUUGAUAUUUGUUCACAAGAUUAGAACACAAAUAAGAUUAUAAAAAAUUAACAAUAACAUGGAUAAUCAAGACUUAUUCUCAAUUGUCAAGUACGGUUGUUACAAUAAUAAACAAUCUAAGAUACAUCUUUAAACAAAAAUAACUUUGCUCAGAGUAAAGUAACUGAAAGAAAUUUUCAAUAUAUUCAUUCUUCAUUAUCUCUUAUAGCAAGAACAGUCAGCUCUUUAUCUCAAUCUUACAUAAUGCAUCUGUUUGAUAAACAUGAAAUUACAUUCAAGUAUUGAAAGUUUUACACACAAGAAAAUACACAUUAUGGAUGUUGCUUUAUGUACUAGAUGUUUGAUACCCAAUAAAAUACAUUUUUUGUAUAUAACUUUAUGUAAUUGUAUUAAAGAUACAUUAUGUAAGAUUUAGAUAAAGAGCUAGCCAUUCUUGCUAUGAUAGUUCGAAAAUAAUUUCAACCACCGUACUGGUUGAUCGAAGCUAAGUCUCGGUCCUCCAUAUUUGAUUAAAUCAAAGUAUCGCUGAACCAUUCUAAUCUAUUUAAUAUCGGAGAAAUCUGAUGCCAUCGAGAGUUGAUUAAGGCCUGGAUCAGUUAAUUAAUGUCUAAUUAAUACUUUAGAAAACAUUUCAGGCCUAAAGAAAGACCUGCAAUAGGCAGAUUUAGCUCCUGCAUAAUGCAUGUUUAAACGUUUUGUAUAUGUAAUGCAUGAAAAUACAUGUAAUUAUUGUAUGUUGCUUUGUGUAAUUGUAUUAAAUGUUCUGUAUAUCAUGCAUGAAAAUACAUGUAAUUAUUGUAUGUCACAUUAAAGAUGCAUUAUGUAAGAUUUAGAUUAGAUAAUGAACUGCAA